CUACGUUACUGUUAUAAGUUGAUAAGAGUUAUGUAAAUAUUUCGUUUUUUAGUUUUUAGUUGUUUUUGAAGCGGUAGAUUUAUUAUGUUUUACAAAUAAAUAUUUUCUAAGUUUAAACCUACAAUUACGAUGGCUAAUAAUAAAACAACUCCACAAGAAUUUAUAAAAGAGGCAUUCCCUCCUAUGAUAGCAGUAAUGCAUACACCUGGAGUUGAUGAUGUUUGUAAAAAGAAUAAUUUGAAUUUCAUUCAAUUAAUUAAACCUUUUUCUAAAACCACUGUAGAAAGUACAAUGAAAGACACCACUUCUGGUUUUCAUAUACCUGUCCGAAAUCUUAAAAUAGCAUUUUGUGACAUAAAUGCCAGGCCUCCACCUCCAGCUGUUGCUCGCUCAUAUUUCAACCAUUCAAUAAGCUCCAAUUUUACAGACAAGACUACAAGAAUUGUUGUUGGUGAUGAUGCAAUGGAUGUGCCAGUUUCAUCUCCCUGGUUUGAAGCAUGGAGAGAUACUUUCUUUCAAGUACAGUACCCGUCCGAACAUGAAUUCACUAAACACUUUAUUGGCUGCCUAAUUGUUAUAUCAUCCUUGGAUUCUAAUCCCUUGGAAAAGUUGGAAGAAUUAUUGGAGAUAUUACAAGGUCAUUUAGCUCCUGGUCCUAACAAAUUACCAAAGUGGUUUGGACCAUCCCUGAUUUUAACUGCUUAUCUUUACCUUCAUGACAAUUCAGUUGGGGCCCUGGAUGUAUCAGUUUUUGAAGCAAUGAAGGUAACAUAUGGGAUCAACAAUUGUUUUCUUCUUUCAAUUAAUUCUCAAGCUGCAGGGGAUGGAGUGCCACUAGUACCAGAUCCAUGGGCACAACAUAUUUCAUCAUUUAUUGAUUACAAGGAUGAUGAUGCUGGUCUUAAUCAGGAACAAGCUCAAGGUGUUGAGGCUGCUGAGGAAGCUGGAGAAAAAUCUUCACCUUCCACUCCAGUCAUUAUACACCCUCUUAGCCCUGUUGGUGAUGGAAACUUGCCAAAUACGUUAGACUAUAUUUCUGAUUCAGAAAAAAAUAAUGUACCUGAGCAUGGAAAACUUUUAAGUCCAGAAGAUAUUGACAGGAUUAAACAAUUUUUAAAUGACUUUUGUGUAAAGGCUCUUAUUCCUCAUUUUGAGCAACUCAUACAUCAACUUAGUGACCAGAUAUCUAACAAGAAAGGUGUAAGCAGAUCAUUGUUUAGUGCUACAAAGAGAUGGUUUGGUUCCAACAAACCAGGAACUCCUGGGAAUCACAUCUCUCCAACAGCUAUUGCAUAUUCCUCUGAUUCUCAUGAGCUACAACUUAGGAAACUGGGAGAUUUGUGCUUUAUGGUAGGUCUAUAUUCUCUGGCCUUUACUGCUUAUCAUAGUGCCAAAAGAGAUUUUGGGGGAGAUGGAGCCUGGCUGCAUUAUGCUGGCGCUCUAGAGAUGGCAGCAUUGUCUGCUUUCAUGUCUAAUUCUGAUCCGGUUUCCAGAAAAGUUGUUGAAUACGCUGAAGAGAGUAUAUUGACUUACCAAAAUUCAUGCAGGAUGAAUCAAUUUGCAACAAGAGCUACUCUAUUAAGUGUUGAAUGCUUGAAAGCACGUGGGUUAUUUGGUGAAGCAGCUAAGCAGUUGAUACGGAUGUCUGGAGAGGACUCAGAUCUUAGAAGUGCUGUUCUUCUUGAACAAGCUGCUUAUUGUUUUUUAAGCAAUAAUAGACCAAUUAUGCACAGAAAAUAUGCCUUUCACAUGGUUCUUGCUGGGCAUAGAUUUUCUAAAGCUUCGCAUAGAAAUCACUCAAUGAGAUGUUAUUACCAAGCAUAUCAGAUAUAUGGCAACAAAUCAUGGUGUGCAGCUGAAGAUCACAUUCUUUAUACAAUUGGAAAACAUGCAUCUCACCUAAAACUAGCUACCAAUGCAUUUCAGGCUUUAAGUCGUUUAGUUACUAGGCCUAGCAAACAACCCUCACAGCAGCAGGAAAUAUAUCUAAAAGAUUAUUUAUUAUCUAUUCAGCAAUCCUACCAAAAAUUAGAUGAUGAAGUCAUUUUAAGCUUGCCUGUAAUUGACAGUAAUCUCAUUCAAGUAGCAUUGAAUGUUCCAACUAAAGCAGUUCAGCUAGAUAGAAUACCAGCAUGUGAUUUUUCUCAAAAUGCGUUGUCUCCUAUUAAAAAACUUGCAGAAGAAUCUAUGUGGCACAGUUUAGAAGAAAAAGUAUCAAACUAUGCAAGUGGCACGGGUUUUGCAUCUUUCAUGCUUUUCAAACCUAUGGUUGAUCUUUUAUCUAAUCUCACUGAUAAUGCUUCUUCUGCGCUUGGUUUCAUCGGAGUGCCCAUUGGUGUUUGUGUUAGUUUGAAAAAUCCAUUGAAUGUCCAAAUAAACUUAAGAAAUAUUGUACUGUUGUGGAAUGCAAUUCCUGAAUCUUCAGGAAUAUGUAAAAAUAGUUCGCAAUCUAGUGCUGCUGCAUCUUCUGACCCAGAACCAGAGCUUUCUAUUCCUCCUGAUUCAACUAGAUAUAUAAUGUUGAUUAUCACACCAAAGCAAGUUGGGGAACUUCAUAUUACUGGUUUGUCUUAUACUUUACACGAUCCUGUUAGUGAUAUUAAUGUUUUCGGUCACCACCCUUUCUCGAUGGUAAAGAAAAGCAUAACAGACCGAAGGCUGCAGAUUUCUGUCAUAGAAAACGUACCCCAUCUGGAGGUGUGUUUUUCAGGUCUCAAAAAAGAAUUUAUUAGUCGUGAAAUUCAUCCUUUUAAUGUUCAUUUGAAAAAUACAGGCUCAGUUGCCAUCUCUAAGAUAUUUUUUACCACAUCAGAAAAUUUUAGGGUAUAUUUGGAGAAUCAUGAAACAGAGUUUACAGAUCAAAUAUAUACUGUGGAUCUAGCUUCUCCUCUUGCUCCCAAUGAUACCAUAGACUUGUCACUAUUUUCACAACCUAUUUUUGAGGGAUAUAAAAACUUUGACCUUCUUUUUUAUUAUGAAAGUGUUUUAAAAAAUAGUAAACCAAGUUAUAGGUUAGUAAAACAUUCUUGGCCAACUGUAGCAUACAGUAAUAUUAAAAUAUUGACUACUAAUGUUACCAAUGCAGAGAUUCCUGCUGAAUUGAAAGCAUCUGAAGAUGAGAAGAUCAUUAGAUUUCACCUAAGUUCUGACUUAUUUAACUCGGUAAAUCUUCACAAUCUGCAGAUAGAAUGUGUAACCAUAGUUAGUAAAAGCUGGAAAAUACUUGCCUUUUUUGGUGCUGGUGAUAUGAAAAUUGUUAAAGGAAAAGAUCUUCAUGCACUGGUUAAAAUCAUUCCAUCUGAUACUGAUGAUAAGAAAUACAGGUGUUUAAAGUUUACUAAGCAAUGUUGUUAUAUUCCACCAUGGGGCGAAGUAUUCGUUCAUGAUACAUAUUCUAAAAAAUCAGAAGUAUUCAUUCAGUUUUCUUUCAGUUGGUCUGUUGGCAUGGUAUCUAUGGAAGAAGGGAUGAGAAAAGCUUAUGGCCAAGAUUAUGUUUGGGUUAGUUGUGAAGAUAGAUUUGAAGUACCUGCCUCAGACCUCAAGCAUCCUACUUCAUAUUCUAUUUCACCCAAAAAAAAGUUGACUCCUGCUUCCUCAAAAGAUAUAGUAUUAAGAGUAACAAUUUAUGAAACUCCACAUUUAUGUCGUGAUUUGACUUUAUCUGGGUCUCAGACAGUGCCUAUUACAGUGGAAAUUUCAAAUGAUAAGAAACAAAUAGUGAGAGUAAAUUUAUCAUUCCUUCCUUUACUUCAUCCUUCUUCCAGAGAAUUGACUGAUGAUAGUACAUCUGACAGUUUCACAUGGCUGGGAAGAAUUGAAUAUAAAGAAUUAAUAGUUGGUAAAGAAAAAGUUAUUGUCAAUGUAGCUGCUAGAAUUUCUGGUCCAGGAGCCUAUGAUGUUUCAAAACGAGUAAAUAUUGAAGCAUUCGAUAAUAUGCAACAUCCUAUUGCUGCUCAUAUAGGAGAUUGUGUGGUUGUUAUAAAUUAGGAAUAUUUUGUUUCUACCACAAGCUUAGUUGAAAAGACAAACGAUAAAGGCAAGGCAAUAGUCAUAUUAUUUAUUUUCAUUUUUUAACAUUUGUUUUAGUAAAUAUGAAUAUUUCUCCUGUUACAUGUUUCCCCCUUUAUCUGUUUCAAAUGCCUUGCAUCAAACUAAAUUUAUUAGUGAAACUCCAAACAACUGUGAUGAGAUAGAUAUAUAUUUAUUUAUGUAAAAUAUUCAUUUAUAAACAAAUUAUGUGUUAAAUUAAAUGAUAAUUCAAAUAUUACUAAAUUAUUAAUUUAUAAAAAUUCAAAAAUAUAUUUAUUUAUUGCUCAUAUAUUUUUGUUGUACAUUUAUUUUUACUUGUAUUUUAAAAAUCACUUAUAAUGUAUUUCAACAGUAAAAUUUAAUAGUUAGUUCUAUGUGUAAUUUGUCUGAUGUCUGAUAUAAAUGGCAUAUGGUGCAUAGAAUUAAAAAUUUAUCAAUUAUAUAUUGAAUUUAGGAGUUUUUGUUGAACAUAAUUACUAAACAAAAAAUAUAUGUAUAAAAUGUAUACUUGUGCGUCUUGUAUAUUUGUAUUUACUGUAUUUAGACAUUUAUCAUACAACAAGAAUAAUUGUUUAUACAACCGGACCAUUGUUAUAAUUCUUUUUUUUAAUAUAUCAUUUUGUUAAAAGUUUCA